AAGGUGCAAAGGCAGGAAAAAGUCUCUAUCCCUUUCUUUAUAGCUUCGUCUUCAAAUCAGCCUUGCAGUGAUUACUACCAGUUUAAAAUAGUCUGGAUUUUUUGUUUACAAUUUCACUAUAAUGUAAAUUUAUUUAUGAUCAACAGAGAACUUGGAGCCUGUUACAGUUAUUUUGUUCCUUAUGAGCAUGGACCUCACCCUUGUGCCAAAGAAGACAAACAGAUACUGAUAUAUUCCAUAUUGUUGAGUCUUCCAGCAGCAAAUGAAAAGUAUGUAUCUGUUCCUCAUUUCCAUUUUAUAUUUGCUUUUGGAAGCUACUGGCACCAAGGAGAUUAUAUUUGGUCAUCAUAAUUUCACAGAAUAUCAAGUAGGCAACAUGAACCUGAUUCUCUCUGUUCCACACGGUGGAUCAAUGGAACCCAAAGACAUCCUUGAUCGAGAAGCUGGCUGUUGGGAUGCAAAGACAUCCUCUUGUAUUUUCUGUCAUGAGUGUCCUCCUGGAAGUAUUCAAAAUUAUAAGAAAUGCAAAGUGUCUACCAACCAAGACAGGUAUACUAUAGAGGUGGCUCAGGCUCUUGCUGAAGAAAUCAACAACAUUACUGAUGGGUUCUUCCCACAUAUCAUUAUAAACCACCUACAGAGGUUCAAGAUGGAUGCUAACAGGGAAAAGGCAGAAGCCUGCUUUGGAAUUCCCCAAGCAGAACAGGCCUGGGAGGAGUAUAUGGGAUUUUUGACCGCUGCAAAAUCUCAGAUGACAGGGGGGCUGAUUCUGGAUAUCCAUGGACAAGCACAUCCUGAACAAUGGAUAGAACUAGGCUACACACUUUCAAAAGCUUCCCUUAACUCAGGCAUCUUUUCUGCAUCAUGUUCCUCGAUUAGCCAUCUAGCCAGUCAGCUAGUCAAUGUGUCUUCUGAGACUUUGGUUACAGGGAACAGAAGUUUGGGUAAAUACAUUGAAGACCAAAACAACAAUUAUGUUUGUGUGCCUUCUCCAUCCAAUCCUAGUCCAAAUAACGGGAGCUAUUAUAGUGGUGGAUACAUAACAAAGACUUUUGGUUCCCGUAGUUCUGGCACUGUUGAUGCAAUUCAGCUUGAACUACCCCAGUGGGUGAGGGCAGCUAAAGAACGUUCCAGAUUUUGUAAAGCACUAGCAAGGGCUGUAAUGAAAUUCUGGAGAACUAACUACUGCAGCCAGUACAACCAUGAAUUUCUGCCAUGCUGAAAGAGGCUGUAUUGUCAAAAUGCCUUUCCAUAAUACAGUAAUGAUCUGGAACAACAGCACAACUGAUGCACCUGGAACAUGUAAGCCUGCAAUGUAAUUGCGGAUGCUGGUGGAAAGAAGGAAAGUAAAGGAAUACAGAGAAAUGGACAUAGAGAAAAUCCACAGCUAAUACCAACAAGAAUACAGAGCUUUGUACUAGAUUCAGCAUUGAAAAGACUGCUUGAAGAUGAGUGGGUAUAUUGGGAAGUAUCACUUGCCUGGUGUGCUUUUCUGUGCUCAGUUUCUUUCCAGUAGCAUCCUCUGUUCUCUAGCAGACAAUAAACAACUAUUCUAAUGAAUUCUGUGCAGUGCAGUGACUUAGUAGAUUAUCUGAAA